UAUUUUAAAGGAGUUCCGCGAAGAAAAUUUGGACUGUUAUACCAGCAUAACUGUCAUAGCACGACGCAAACACAUUUUAAGAGGUGCAUGUAUGGUCUUAUCAAGAGGCUACUUUGAAUGGUACAAAACUCCCAAUAUUGAGUUUGUGGGAGAAAUGGCAGAGGACUAUGGAGGUCCAAGAAGAGAAUUUUUCAGACUCCUCAUGAUUGAGCUCCAAAGCACCCUUGGAAUUUUCGAGGGCAAACCUGGGGAGCUGCUCUUCAGCUACAAUCAAAAGGCUCUAGCUGAAAAUAAAUGUUAUACUGCAGGAAAACUGAUAGCCUGGUCCUUAGUUCACAAUGGACCAGGCAUCAGAUGCAUAAACAAGGAGCUCUUCCUGAUUAUGUGUGGCCAGAAACCCAACCUCACUAUGUUUGAUCUUGGAAAUUUCUUAGAAUGUGACGUUGCAGAAAAGCUGACAAAGGUUGUCAGGUGCAGCACUGCAGAGGAACUGAGAGAAUUUAAGAACUCUCUAGGAGACUGGAUUUGUGACUGUGGGGUGCCAAGCAUUUUCACAGCCUCAGUUAGUGAUCUGCCCACAAUUUAUGGGCAGUUAGUAACCCACUACAUCUACCACAGAGUGGCAAGUAUGAUCCAGCAGUUCACUGCUGGGAUUAACUCCUGUGGCCAUUUGUGGGAGGUGGUGCGUUCCAACUCGGUGGCUUUCCUCCCCUUGUUUACCAACACAAGAGGUAAUCUAAAAAGGAAUGAUGUCAAAGACCUUUUUGACAUUGUCUGGAGUACACCAGGGAGCAACAGACGAGACCUGGAGGAGGAGACUGUCUUCCAAUGGGAGUGCUGGCUAAUGUCAAUUCAAGAAGAUGUGGCCAUAUCUUUUGAGGAUCUUUUGGCAUUUGUCACUGCUGCAGAUUCUAUCCCUCCACUAGGAUUUCAGCAAAAGUGCCACACUGAAUUUUAUGAACAAGAAGAGCCAACCAGAAGAAUUCCUUAUGCAUCAACCUGUGCCCUGACACUCUACCUGCCAAGAGGUGUGAUUGAAGAGGAGGAAUUCAAAGAACUUAUGUUCACUGCAAUUAAAGGAUCUCUUGGUUUUGGAAAGGUAUAAGCAUGAACUUCUUAAACUUGAUUCAAGUAUUUUAAGUCACAAUGAGAUGACAAUUGCUAUAGAUAUAAAGUUCUGAGAUGUCUAUCAGUGCAUGUUGUUUUUUCACUGUUUGCCCCUCAUUUUCAAAUCAACAGUAAUUUCUAGCAAUUCCUCUCAACAAUGUGCUAUAUGCAUGCGUGACUUCCACGUUUCAUGGUCAGAACCCUCAGUGGUUUCCGGUUUGGUAACAGUGGGACGUUGCGACACACAGCAGUGGUAUACAGAAGUGCUGUUCUACUGUAUUUUAAAUGAUAAUUUUUGCAAGUUAACAUUUCGUUAUAACAUUCCAAUAUUGUAGAACAGCACUUCUAUAUACCACUGCUGUGUGCCGCAAUGUACAGCAUCUGCUAAAUGUAACUAUUUUUCCAUUUCUCUCUGCUCUAAAUCUCCCCAACCGGAAACAGCAGAGGGUUCUGACCGUGAAACGCAGAAGUCACGCAUGCAUAUAGCCCAUU